AAUAAAUCUAACUGUUCUCACUAAUUUGAGGUAAAACUGCUAUAAACAUAAUGUAGAGCACAUUAGACAACAUGACGUUAGAUUUCAUGGCUGCCUCCAAGCUAAUAGAGAUAGAUUGUGAGAUGACCAAAAGCAUAUGUGGCAAAUUUCUAUUGGAACAAACACAUCUUGAAACAUUGCUCCAGAUUUCGGAUACGUUUUUUGGCAGCCAAAAUGACGUGGAGAUGAUAGGUGGUGUAGAGAGUGCCAGGUCGACAUUCAAAAUCGAUCUUCGAAAACGUGACCAACCAAUAAGAGUGCAGUCAUAGAAAUCCUAAGAUAAGGACCAUCUCCACAAGAUCAAAUAAAAAGAAGACCGUCAACUCCAACCCACGGCCACCAAACAUCAUCUCUUCAAUCGUAAAUCACAAAUACAUACACGUUUACUCAUCAGCUCGAAAAUGGCAGCAGCAACAAUGGCCCUCUCGUCCCCUUCGCUAGCCGGAAAGGCGGUGAAGCUCAAUCCCUCCUCCUCUGAGAUCAUGGGCAAUGGCCGUGUCUCCAUGAGGAAAACCACCAAGCCUGUUCCCUCCGGGAGCCCAUGGUACGGACCAGACCGUGUUAAAUACUUGGGCCCGUUCUCUGGUGAGCCCCCAUCCUACUUGACUGGUGAGUUCCCUGGUGACUACGGCUGGGACACUGCUGGCCUCUCUGCUGACCCAGAGACCUUUGCCAAGAACCGUGAGCUUGAAGUCAUCCAUUCCAGGUGGGCCAUGCUUGGAGCUCUUGGAUGCGUCUUCCCCGAGCUCUUGUCCCGCAACGGUGUCAAGUUCGGCGAGGCUGUAUGGUUCAAGGCUGGAGCCCAGAUCUUCAGCGAGGGUGGACUUGACUACUUGGGCAACCCAAGCUUGAUCCACGCACAAAGCAUCUUGGCCAUCUGGGCUACACAGGUGGUCUUGAUGGGUGCCGUUGAGGGUUACAGAAUUGCUGGCGGGCCACUCGGUGAGGUAACUGACCCAAUCUACCCAGGUGGAAGCUUCGACCCACUGGGCUUGGCUGAUGAUCCAGAGGCAUUCGCUGAGUUGAAGGUGAAGGAACUCAAGAAUGGGAGGUUGGCUAUGUUCUCAAUGUUCGGAUUCUUUGUCCAGGCCAUUGUGACCGGAAAGGGACCACUGGAGAACCUUGCUGACCACCUUUCUGACCCAGUUAACAACAACGCCUGGGCAUAUGCCACAAACUUCGCCCCCGGAAAGUGAGAGAUUCUUGGUUUUACUAGAAUGAUAUAUUUGUGUGUGUGUGAUUUGAGUGGUGUGUGGUGAUGUAAAUUAGUAUCCAGAAGGUGACAUGUGUACUACCAAGUCGUGAUGAGUGUAUGAUCUUUCAUAAUUCUUUUGAAUUUCUAAA